AUCUAAAAAUAGAAAGGAUCACAUCGAGACGGUCGGCACACAACGGCAGUCAGUGCGAGAGAGUGGUGGUGAGUUGGGAAGCCAGGAGUUUCUGUCUUGAGCGGUAUAUAGGCCCAGGUGAAUCAACCCACACGGUUUUGAGUGUCCUGGUGUAUUACCAAGGCAGAAAUGAGCGACGAUACAACCACGGAGGCACCAACUCCUGCCGAGGAGACGAAGGUAAUUGUGAAUAUCGAGACAGUGGGCCCAGCUUCCGACCACGAGGGACGCGAAAUUAAGGACUCAGAAGUGAUAGUUCGUGUGCCGACACCGACCCUUCGAGUAGACCGUAUUGAACAGUUGAAAGAAGAAGACGGCGGCAGUAGCAGCAGCAGUUUCGCCUACACAAGCGAGGAAGACGGAGGGAGUCACGGGUCCGAUGAGGGUGACCAACCCCAGUUCGAGGCUCCAGACGAUGAGCUGAAGGAAAAAAUAAUUAAACAGGUGGAAUUUUAUUUCUCUGAUGUCAACAUAUUGAAAGACGCUUUUCUGCUGAAACAUGUUCGAAGGAACAAGCUGGGGUAUGUAAGCUUAAAGCUCAUUACAUCAUUCAAGAAGUUAAAAUCUCUGACGAAAGAUUAUCGUGUUGUUGCGUACAGCUUGAAACAGUCUGAUAAGUUGGAAGUUAACGAGGAAGGAACGAAGGUUCGCCGUGUGGAGCCCCUCCCGGAAUAUGACGAAACCACUCCUUCGAGGACAGUCGUGGCUGUCAACCUGCCCACAGAAAACCCCACAAUAGAAACUGUUGCCGAGAUUUUCUCCAAAUGUGGAGAGGUAGUAUUGAUUCGUGUGCUUCGGCCAGGGAAGACUAUUCCGCCAGAUGUGAAAAAACAUUCAGCCAAACAUCCAGAAAUUGGAACAACAGUCUGUGCAGUGGUUGAGUUUGAAAAACACGAGCAUGCCAAAAAGGCAUGUGAGGAGAUGAAUGACACAAGUGAUUGGAGAAAGGGCAUGCGGAUUGUAAUGUUGGCACCUCCAAAGAAAAUCAAUAAGAAGAAGAAUGGUGAUUACAUUGGUGAUAAAAAUGAUAAGGACGACGUUUCACCAGAUGAAGGAAAAGAUGAGAAAAAGAAGCGCAGGAGGGGUGGGAAGAAAAAGAAGACAAGGCUGGAAGAAAUUGCUGGUGAAAAUGAAUCGUGUCACAGUAGUGGUUCUGAUGGAGAGGGGCCAUCCAAACCUCAGCGGCUUAGUCCAAAGAUUAAAGACCUUGAUCCAAACCACCUCAGUCCAAAUCACUCCCCACGAACCUCCCCCCGUACCACACCGAAAACUAGUCCGUUGUCUAGUCCGCGAUGUCAACGAAGAGGCCGAGGAAGUCACGGCAAAUCUCCAUUGGCUGAACUAAGUCCAGGAGACAACCGAUUGAGUCCUAGAAGUAGUCCAGAAAUGUCUCGUAAAAGGUUUGAAAAUUCCUCAGGAGGCGAAAGUACCCCAACUAGCCCGUGGGUCCAGCGGAGGCUGAAGGCUGCACAAGAGCUCCAGGAUCGAAGUCCGGUUGGAAGUCCUCGACUAGGCCGCAGGAAUCCAGAUGGUACCUUGGCCACUGGUAUUACCCCUAAAAUGCUGGACAUGGAGGGGGUAUAUCGUCACCCCAGGGGACCAGAUGGCUCAAAUGGGUUCUAUGGUGGAUUUGGUCGAGGAAAGCCAAGAAGUAACACUGUGUGCUGAGAAACAACGAUGAUCAUUAUGAUCAUGCAGAACUGUCCAUCUUUAGCAACUGCCAAACUACAUAAAAUGUAUAUUGGUGAACUGAACACUCGAAGUUUAGGCUUCAUUUCUGUCCAACAUGUUAAAUGUCAAAAAGUGUAUGUAGGUUUUUGUGUUACCGAUGAUAAGUCCAUAACGUAAUAUAUUUUUGUAAGAACAGUAUAUUUAAGUGUUUAGACAGAUAUUUCCUUCACAAUUGAUCUUUGUAAUUUAUAUUUCUGACUGGUUCAUGAAAUCUUUGAGUAAUCAAACAGGUAUAUUUAUAAAGUAUUUUCACGAUUGUUGCCAGAAAUGUUGUGUAUGCUUAAUGUUUAUUUUUGUUAAGGUAAAUCAAGUCUGUUUUAUAUGAGUAUUAUUUAUGCAAAAAGGUAUACAAUUUUGCGUCUAGCGUCAAUGCAGUGCUCAAAUUUUUGAGAAAUAGAUUGUGUUCAUUUCAGAUAUUUUUCGUCAAUGGAGAUUACCAAUGGCAUUUAUGAAUAGACGUGCCCAUAAGAAGUAGGCAUUUUUUUUAUACUUAAUGUUUUAGUAUACUUUUAGUGUACUUUUGAAAUAUGAACAUCAUUUUAGCGAUGUUAAUGAUUGAACAGUGGGCAAACAUCUCUCAUCCAUACAUUUGUAAAUAUUCAUGUGUUCAUAGAUGUUUUUGAAUACUGUUGUUGCAGAAACUGCACAUGCAUUAUUUGGAGGAGGAUUGUUCCAGUGAAACUGGUACAGAUUGUAGGAACAUUCCACUGAUUUCUUUUGUCCUUUUUUUUUUUUGAAUAUUUAUAUGCAAAAAUGUCAUCUUAAGUUAUUUUAGUGUUUUGUAUAUCGUUAAGAUUGUUACGUUUAUUAUUAAAAUGCCAGUGGUUAAUAUUUUGUCAA